GAGAGAAACCCCGCCUCAGCCGAAGAUUGAACCUCCCGCCCGAGCGGUAGUUAAGAGCGAAACUUUUUCUCCUGCCUGUCCUCUUUAUAAUUGGUCUUCGCCUCGAAGUGGCUGUACAAUCCUCAGCAGUGUUUCUGAGACUGUAUGGUCGCGUCUCGUUUCCGGGUUUCUUCAUGAUCUCAACCAAUUGACCCAACUAGACUUUUUUUUAACACACACACACACACGAAGAGAUAAGAGAGACUGACAAGCGAAGAGAGAGAAAAAAAAGUUCGUGAGGAAGGGGAAAGAGAGAUUAAAAAAAAGUCAAGGAGAAAAAAAUUAUGAAUUUUUCCAUCCAUAUUGCAUUGUAAAUUUGAACUUCGAUUGUCAACAGCACUUCUUGAUCUGUUUUUCUUCUAUAAACGUGAAUCGUCCAAACCAUGACAGCAGAGAAGGAGAAGAAAAGAAGUAACUCGGAGAGGAGGAAGGAGAAAUCGAGGGAUGCAGCAAGGUGCAGAAGGAGCAAAGAGACAGAAGUGUUUUAUGAGCUGGCUCACCAGCUGCCACUACCACAUAAUGUCAGUACGCACCUGGACAAAGCAUCUAUCAUGCGCCUGACAAUUAGUUUCUUACGUACCCGCAAACUUUUGAGUUCAGGAGGGCCAGAGACUGAAACUGAAACUGAAAAGCAGAUGGAUGCUUUGUACCUUAAAGCUCUGGAAGGAUUUAUCAUGAUGGCCACGCAGGAUGGAGACAUAAUUUUCCUAUCAGAAAAUAUUAGCAAGUACAUGGGUCUUACACAGGUGGAGUUGACUGGACACAGCAUUUUUGAUUUCACACAUCCAUGUGAUCAUGAGGAGAUCAGAGAAAAUUUGACUGUAAAAAAUGCCCCAGGCUUUGGAAAGAAACACAGAGAUAUGAACACAGAACGUGACUUCUUCAUGAGAAUGAAAUGUACUGUGACAAACCGCGGAAGAACUGUCAACCUCAAGUCUGCCACCUGGAAGGUGUUGCACUGUACCGGCCACAUCAAAAUAUACAAUGCCUGCCAGGCUCACACACUGUGUGGGUACAAGGAGCCGCCUCUGACUUGCUUGAUCAUGAUGUGCGAGCCAAUUCAACAUCCAUCUAAUAUUGAUGUUCCACUGGACAGCAAGACAUUCCUGAGCCGCCACAGCAUGGAUAUGAAAUUUACCUACUGUGACGAGAGAAUUGCAGCACUGAUGGGAUAUUGUCCAGAAGAACUGCUCGGGCGUUCGGUUUAUGAAUUUUAUCAUGCACUGGAUUCAGAUCACAUGAUUAAAAGUCACCAAAAUUUGUGCACAAAAGGUCAAGCAGUUACUGGCCAGUACCGGAUGCUCGCAAAACGUGGUGGAUAUGUGUGGGUUGAGACCCAAGGGACGGUCAUCUACAACAGCCGUAACUCUCAACCACAGUGCAUUGUCUGCAUCAACUAUGUACUGAGUGAGAUCGAGGAGAACAAUGUUGUGUUCUCCAUGGACCAGACGGAGUCUCUCUUCAAGCCUUGCCAGGCUGUGAGAAAUAUGAAUGGGAAGCACAUCAAUGGAACUCCAAUGCCAGAUGAUGGUAAUCUGCUGUUCAGUAAACUGAAGGAAGAACCUGAAGAACUAGCACAACUUGCUCCUACACCAGGAGAUUCCAUCAUUUUACUUGAUUUCGGUAUCAAUGGAAACCAGCAGUUUGAGGAAGCCCCUCUUUAUAAUAAGAUUAUUAUGCCACCAAACAAGCGGUGGCCAAUGGAAGUUGCAAAACCAAAUGUGAAAGGUCCAGCCGAGCUCAGCAAGCAGUCAUCAUCAGAUCUGCAUCCAUUUACAGUGCCGCAGGUCCCAUCAGGCAAUUCCACCCCAAGCUCGUGCAGCAGCACCUCUUGCUCUUCACCAAGUAGCCCUGGAGACUACUACAGUUCCUUGGACAAUGAUCUCAAGAUUGAACUGAUUGAGAAGCUUUUUGCUAUGGACACUGGAGCAAAAAAACAAUGCAGCACUCAGGUGGAAUUGAGUGAUCUGGAUCUUGAAACUCUGGCUCCCUACAUUCCUAUGGAUGGGGAGGACUUCCAGUUGAGCCCAAUCUGCCAUGAUGAGCAGCCCAGUCCUGAGAAAUCACUAAGAACGCAAGAUUAUUCCACCAACAUGAACAGCAUGUUCCAAUCGUUUGCUCCAAAUUUUGUGACCUCACAUAGACAGAUGAUGCUCGAUAAGUAUAGUCCCCAAGUGACAUCAGUAAAGAAGAGCAACCCCACCCAUAUUCAUCCACUGCCAUACAACCCUGGAAAUGGUAUUUCCCUGCCGCCUUACCAUGCACCUAUAACUACUCCAGCAUCCUCAAUGGGUGGCAGACCAAAUCAAUGGCCGCCGGAUCCGCCUUUUAGCUGUACACCCAGAAAAUGGAGGUUGAUGGAUCAGAGGACAGGAUCAUUGCCUGGUAUCCCACCUGGCCAAUCGGUGCAUACGUCACUGUAUAAACAAAGGUCGCUGGACAACUUUGGACAACACGGGAAAGACAUUAAUACCGAAAUGUCUUUCAGAAACAACUUAAAACGCAAACUGCAGCUGGAUUUUGGAGAGCAGAUAUUCCAACUCUCAGCAGAAACUCUAUUUGAUGACUCACCAAGAAGUAACGCUUCUUCACAGAUGCUAUGGAAGCGAAUGAAGAGCAUUAAAUCUGAAAAUGAUUCCCCAUUAAUACAGAAGAAAUCCUGGAGUUCAGGCUCACUUACAGGAAUGGCAAGCCGUCUUUUGGGUUCAUCAUUUCUGGCUUAUUCCUUGCCAGAGCUGACAAGGUAUGACUGUGAAGUAAAUGCACCUGUACUGGGGAGCUCAACACUUCUGCACGGACGUGAAUUGCUUAGAGCGCUCGACCAAGCAACUUAAAUGGUUCUGCAAUAAACCACUAGCCUGAACUGUGAUAACUGCUUCAGUUUCUAAAGAUAUAUUUUGCAGGUAGUCUAUUAUUGACAUGUAGUUUAAAGAAUCACUUACUUGUUCAACUUGUCCACAUCUUUACAUAAUGACUUUUCUCAGAUUAACCUGUGUGUUCAAUUAUUCUUGCCAUUAUAACAUCACAUUUGUUAAAUCUAAUCUUUCUUGGAUUUUAAACUAAAACAUUUUUCAUUUUGAGAAAAGGUUCUCAGUUUUUUUCUUGUAGCAUUAUGAUGUUUCCUAAUUCUCAACUUACUCUUUCAAUUAAAAAGCAGCUAUUUUCAUGUGUUGAAAGAAAUGCACUUAAUUUUUUAAAAAUAAGACAAUUAAAAUGUUCCACUAUUUUUCCUACAGGCGAUCAGUGAAUUAAAAUACUAACGGCUAAAAAUUUAUAUUAGAAAGCAGAUAUAUUGUAUGUGGACAUUUUGUUCAGUUGCACACUGUAGCUUCAAUAAGCUUUGUCUUUUUUGUGAUUCAUUUACUAAAUAUUAAGCUUUUAAAGAUUUAUAGAAUUUUGAUGUUAAUCUUGUACUGGUACUUCAAGUAGCAGAAACAGAAUGGAUUUCUACUUGUAUUCACAUAAUCAAGUUAAUGCGUCAUUUUAUUAUUUAGUGCUGGUUUUGCAUUCAAUUGGUAUUCAGGUCGAUGGUAACCUAGGGGUGUCUUGAGAAUGGCAAGCUGCCAACAAAUUAGUAUUAAUGUUUUAUUAAAAAGCUGGAAUAUUUUACAUAUCCAAUGCACAGUAAGAGAAUACAUCAAAACACAAAAAGUAAAAGGUUUAAAAUAUAUUUAGUUGUAUUUUUCUUUGGUCAGGUAUAACACAGUUCUUUUAUUCUGUUGACUUGUCUUGGAUCUUUGUGGGACCCUGCUAAAUUAAGGUCAAACCUUUAUGCUCUGUGUAGGAUAAAUGAGGCUAGCUGUUGCAGGAAAGUAUUUUACACUUAACCUCACUAAAGGAAGGUGCAAAAUAUUCCCAAAUGACUGCAAAUUGAGGAUUAAAAAGGUCAAUUCUCACUGUCAUUGAAAAACAAUGGACUUUAAUUUUUUUCUGAUUUAUUUGUUGAUCUCAAAUUUCCCUUUAUAAGGGCAUUCUACAGUUGAGUAACAUUAUAUCCUGAUACUUCAUCCCCACUGUAUAUUCAACAGGGCCACGCUUACAACAGACUGUGAAGGUUUGACCUCAAUACAUAUACUCUUCAGUGUUAAAGUUGCUUUUACAUUGCUGGGAACCCUUCAAGUGCCACAAGUUUUGAACAGUGAUUUGUUUUUCCCAAAGGAAACAUUUAAAGGAAGUACCAAGAUUAGUUCCUCAAAAUCAAAGGGAGGGGUCACGGUACAAUGAAUCUGAAGUGGAGGAAUCAUCUGAUAUUUUGGCUUAAAAAUGUCAACGCAUUUGAAGGGUUAGGGUUGCAGACAAACUUUUAGGGAUUUAUAGGCUUGGUGCAGUCUCAACAUUUAAACAAACAAUGCAAGCAUCUUGUUAAAAUAUUAUGCCAGUGUUUCAGUUCUAAUAUUAACAACCAUAGGUUUUAUUAUAAGUAUUUAAUAUCUGUAUGGCUUGGCUCUUAAUACCUUAUUCUGUAUGGGAAAUUUUAAUCUAAUGAGUUAAUGUAUUUUUGACACCAUUAGCUUAUUAAAGCAUAAAAAGUUUCAUGUCA